GCACUCUGGCAGGUGGGUGUGGGUCCCGAGGGGAUGGAGGGCUAGACAGGGCUCACCCGGGAGGCGACUGAGCAGCCCCCCAUCUGUGCCCCUCAGCUUACUGCGAGCUCCCUCACUGGGCGGGCCGGGCCAGGAGGAGCAGCCUGCGAGGGUCCACGUUUGUAAUCACUUUUGCAAACUUUCCGGGAGGGCCUGUUCCCAGAGGCCGAUCGCGCGGGUGGAGUUGUCAGGGCGCCUUUGAGGCUCGGAGCCUUGAUUGUGGGGAAGGAGAAGCCGGGACCACACACAGCUCCAGAGUCUACCUGGGGAUUGGAGUGCCGCCAGGCACUGUUACCUCUGUGUACCCAGGCUCCAGCACCUAACCAGAACCGAAUGAAUGAGCGGUUAUACAAGCAGAGAUGCUAAACAGUAAAUACGAAAACAACGAAGUGUAGCGUGGGAUACUGCGGUUGAAGAAUGUGAUUCCGUAGCUGCUGUCCUUCAAGAUGGGGCUGGAGGCCCAGAGGCUGCCUGGGGCUGAGGAGGCCCCCGUGAGGGUGGCCCUUCGAGUUCGCCCAUUGCUGCCCAAGGAGCUGCUGCAUGGUCAUCAGAGUUGCCUGCGUGUGGAGCCUGAGCGGGGUCGAAUCACCCUGGGGCGGGACCGACACUUUGGGUUCCAUGUGGUCCUGGGAGAGGACACUGGGCAAGAGGCUGUGUACCAGGCUUGCGUGCAGCCCCUCCUCGAGGCUUUCUUUGAGGGCUUCAAUGCCACCGUCUUUGCCUAUGGUCAGACAGGCUCUGGGAAGACAUAUACCAUGGGGGAGGCCAGUGUGGCCUCCCUGCAUGAAGAUGAACAAGGUAUCAUCCCAAGGGCCAUGGCUGAGGCCUUCAAGCUCAUUGAUGAGAAUGACCUGCUGGACUGCCUGGUGCAUGUAUCCUACCUGGAACUCUACAAGGAAGAGUUCCGAGAUCUGCUAGAAGUUGGCACUGCCAGCCGGGACAUCCAGCUUCGGGAAGAUGAUCGGGGAAAUGUUGUGCUCUGUGGGGUGAAAGAAGUGGAUGUAGAAGGCCUGGACGAGGUGCUGAGCCUCCUAGAGAUGGGCAAUGCUGCGCGCCACACAGGCGCCACACACUUCAACCGCCUCUCCAGCCGCUCACACACAGUCUUCACUGUGACCCUGGAGCAGCGGGGACGGACUCCUAGCCGCUUGCCUCGACCCGCCGCUGGCCACCUGCUGGUCUCCAAAUUCCACUUCGUGGACCUGGCAGGCUCCGAGAGGGUUCUGAAGACCGGCAGCACCGGAGAACGGCUCAAAGAGAGCAUCCAGAUUAACAGCACCCUGCUGGCGCUGGGAAAUGUCAUUAGCGCCCUGGGGGACCCCCAGCGCCGAGGCAGCCACAUCCCUUACCGUGAUUCCAAGAUCACCCGGAUCCUCAAAGACUCUCUGGGAGGGAAUGCCAAGACAGUGAUGAUCGCCUGCGUCAGCCCCUCCUCCUCCGACUUCGAUGAGACCCUCAACACCCUAAACUACGCCAGCCGUGCUCAGAACAUCCGCAAUCGCGCCACAGUCAACUGGCGUCCAGAGGCCGAGCGCGUCCCUGAGGAACAGGCGGCGGGUGCGCGCGGGCCGCCGCGACACCGCUCGGAAACGCGCAUCAUCCAUCGCGGCCGGCGCGUGCCCUGCCCUGCAGUGGGCUCCGCGGCAGUCGCUGCGGGCCUGGGGGCCGAGUGCGCGCGCUGCCGGGCCCGCACCAGCGCCGCCUACAGCCUCCUGCGAGAGCUUCAGGCCGAGCCCGGGCUGCCUGGCGCUGCCGCCCGCAAAGUGCGGGACUGGCUGUGCGCGGUGGAGGGCGAGCGCAGCACCUUGAGCUCUGCCUCCGGACCCGACAGCGGCAUCGAAAGCGCUCCAGCCGAGGACCAGGCGGCACAGGGGACCAGCGGGAGAAAGGGAGAUGAGGGGACCCAGCAGCUGUUGACCCUGCAGAGCCAGGUGGCCCGGCUAGAGGAGGAGAAUCGAGAUUUCCUGGCGGCUUUGGAGGACGCCAUGGAGCAGUACAAACUGCAGAGUGACCGCCUGCGGGAGCAGCAGGAAGAGAUGGUAGAACUGCGGCUACGCCUAGAGCUGGCACAGCCUGGCUGGGGUGCACCGGGGCUCCUGCAGGGCUUGCCACCGGGAUCCUUUGUGCCCCGGCCUCACACAGCCCCCCUGGGGGGUGCCCACACUCACAUGCUGGGCAUGAUGCCCUCGACAUGUCUUCCUGGAGAAGAAGUUAGCUCUGAGCAGCAGGUGGUGAGUGGCAAGGAAGUCAAAGCAGAGGUGUUGGCCCAGGCGGACAAAUUGAGGAGUGCCUCUUCCACUACAUCAGAGGAGGAAGGGGAGGAGGAGGAGGAAGAGGAGGAAGAAGAAGAGGAGCCACCCAGGCGGACCUUAUACUUGCGCAGAAAUGGGAUCAGCAACUGGAGUCAGAGGGCAGGGUUGAGUCCAGGGAGCCCACCUGACAGGAAGGGCCCAGAGGUCUGCCCAGAAGAGCCAGCUGCUGCCAUCCCAGCACCACAAGCAGUCGGUAGCGGCAAGGUCCCAGUUCAGACCCGCCAGGCCCCAGCUGCCAUGGCCUCUGAGUGGCGACUGGCCCAGGCCCAACAGAAAAUCCGGGAACUGGCCAUCAACAUCCGCAUGAAGGAGGAGCUCAUUGGUGAGCUGGUCCGGACAGGGAAGGCGGCCCAGGCCCUGAACCGUCAACACAGCCAGCGCAUCCGGGAGCUGGAGCAGGAGGCUGAGCGUGUGCGGGCGGAGCUGUGUGAAGGGCAGAGGCAGCUUCGAGAGCUGGAGGGCAGGGAGCCCCAAGAUGCCAGCGAGAGGUCCAGGCUCCAGGAAUUCCGUAAGAGAGUGGCUGCAGCCCAAAGCCAGGUGCAGGUGCUGAAGGAGAAGAAGCAGGCAACAGAGCGACUGGUGUCACUGUCGGCUCAAAGUGAGACUCGGCUACAGGAGCUGGAGAGGAAUGUGCAGCUCAUGCGGCGACAGCAGGGGCAGCUGCAGAGGCGGCUCCGUGAGGAGACAGAGCAGAAGCGGCGCCUAGAGACGGAGAUGAACAAGCGGCAGCAUCGCGUCAAGGAGCUGGAACUGAAGCACGAGCAACAGCAAAAGAUCCUGAAAAUCAAGACAGAAGAGAUUGCAGCCUUCCAGAGGAAGAGGCGCAGUGGCAGCAAUGGCUCUGUGGUGAGCCUGGAGCAGCAGCAGAAGAUCGAGGAGCAGAAGAAGUGGCUGGACCAGGAGAUGGAAAAGGUGCUGCAGCAGCGGCGGGCGCUGGAGGAGUUGGGAGAGGAGCUUCGCAAGCGGGAGGUCAUCCUGGCCAAGAAGGAGGCCCUGAUGCAGGAGAAGACGGGGCUUGAGAGCAAGCGCCUGAGGUCCAGCCAGGCCCUAAAUGAAGACAUUGUGCGUGUGUCCAGCCGCCUAGAACACCUGGAGAAGGAGCUAUCUGAGAAGAGUGGGCAGCUGCGGCAAGGCAGCGCCCAGAACCAGCAGCAGAUCAGAGGGGAGAUAGACACCCUGCGCCAAGAGAAGGACUCACUGUUGAAGCAACGCCUGGAGAUUGAUAGCAAGCUGAGGCAGGGAAGCCUGCUGUCACCUGAGGAAGAGAGGACACUGUUCCAGCUGGAUGAAGCCAUCGAGGCCCUGGACGCUGCCAUCGAGUACAAGAAUGAGGCUAUCACAUGCCGCCAGCGGGUGCUACGGGCUUCGGCCUCCUUGCUGUCCCAGUGUGAGAUGAAUCUCAUGGCAAAGCUCAGCUACCUUUCCUCCUCAGAGACCAGAGCCCUGCUGUGCAAGUAUUUUGACAAGGUGGUGACACUCCGAGAGGAGCAACACCAGCAACAGAUUGCCUUCUCGGAGCUGGAGAUGCAGCUGGAGGAGCAGCAGCGGCUGGUGUACUGGCUGGAGGUGGCCCUGGAGCGGCAGCGCCUGGAGAUGGACCGGCAGCUGACCCUGCAGCAGAAGGAGCACGAGCAGAAUGUACAGCUGCUCCUCCAGCAGGGCCGAGACCACCUUGGCGAGGGGUUAGCAGACAGCAAGAGGCAGUAUGAGGCCCGGAUUCACGCUCUGGAGAAGGAACUAGGUCGACACAUGUGGAUAAACCAGGAGCUGAAGCAGAAGCUCAGUGCAGGAAGCACUGCAGGCCAGAGCCGGGGUUGUGAGAGGAGAAGCCUCUGCCUGGAAAACAGACAAUGCCUUGGAAAUGAAGAUGGGCUCCAUCCCGCAGCUCCUGAACCUCUCUGGCAGUCCUCCCUUCUGGAGGGGGUGUCCCGUGUGUGGGAUGAGUCCCGGGACUUGGUCCAUGCCCCACUACCCCUGACAUGGAAACGCUCAAGCUUGUGCAGCGAGCAGGGCUCCUCUGAGGAGUCUAGGGUCCGGGAGACAACUGAACCCCCAGUAGGGCGGGUGCUACCUAUGGGUGAAGUGGGCCUCUCCUGGAACUUUGGACCCUUGCCCAAGCCCCGGUGGGAACCCCGAAGAACCAGCCCAGGGAUGAUCGACGUCAGGAAAAACCCCUUGUAGGCCUUGGUCAGACCCUGCUUCAGAUUCCAGUCCUGCUGAGAGGAGAGACUGCCUGUUUUGCUUCUAUGAAGGACAGUCCUUACCUCACACUGUAAAUCCAGAGUCUCAUCUUUACACCAACUGGAGUCCGAAAAUUUGGGUCACACCCCAAAGAACUGGAUUUUCCCCACUAUGGUGCUUAGCAGUCUUUUUUUUUUUUUUUUUUUUGUAAUCUAUGCAAAUUCCUUCAGCUAUAAUACUUGACUGCUCCUUUUUCAUUUGUGGGACAGUUCUGACUUUAAGCCUGUGUGCCCAGAGUUCUGGAGAUAAUCCAAGGCUUGUCACAAAACAGUCAGUGGCAAGGGGGUCACAGCUUUCAAUGGUGUUAUACAGAUGGGAGAACUGGGAAAGUAAUAAGCAUUUUUAGAAUUUUUAAAAAAUACCAUUUAAUAAUAAACAGGAGUAAUCUCA